AUCCAACGGCCCAUGAAAAACCCUAAACUCACCACUCCACCCGAACUUGAUUUAUAAGCUCCUCGUUGCCUCUCUUCAGUCUCUCGCUCUUGCGGACUCGCUAUCCUUUCGCUAUUCUCCAGGUUUUGCUAACUAGAAUAGAAUGGGUAAGGAGAAGGUUCACAUUAACAUUGUGGUCAUUGGCCAUGUUGACUCUGGUAAGUCGACCACUACUGGCCACUUGAUCUACAAGCUUGGAGGAAUUGACAAGCGAGUUAUUGAGAGGUUUGAGAAAGAAGCUGCUGAGAUGAACAAGAGGUCUUUCAAGUAUGCCUGGGUGCUUGACAAGCUCAAAGCUGAGCGUGAGCGUGGUAUCACCAUUGAUAUUGCCUUGUGGAAAUUUGAGACCACCAAGUACUACUGCACUGUCAUUGAUGCCCCUGGACAUCGUGACUUUAUCAAAAACAUGAUUACGGGUACCUCACAGGCAGACUGUGCUGUCCUCAUUAUUGACUCCACAACUGGUGGUUUUGAGGCUGGUAUUUCCAAGGAUGGACAGACCCGUGAGCAUGCUUUGCUUGCUUUCACCCUUGGUGUGAGGCAAAUGAUUUGCUGCUGUAACAAGAUGGAUGCCACCACCCCUAAAUAUUCUAAGGCUAGGUAUGAUGAAAUUGUGAAGGAAGUCUCAUCCUACAUGAAGAAGGUUGGAUACAACCCUGAAAAGAUUCCAUUUGUUCCCAUCUCUGGUUUUGAGGGUGACAACAUGAUUGAGAGGUCAACCAACCUUGACUGGUACAAGGGACCAACUCUCCUUGAGGCUCUUGACAUGAUACAUGAGCCCAAGAGGCCAUCUGACAAGCCCCUCCGACUUCCACUUCAGGAUGUGUACAAGAUCGGUGGUAUUGGAACUGUCCCUGUGGGUCGUGUGGAGACUGGUAUCCUGAAGCCGGGUAUGGUUGUUACAUUUGGACCUUCUGGUCUUACCACUGAAGUUAAGUCUGUUGAAAUGCACCACGAAGCCCUUCAGGAGGCACUUCCCGGUGACAAUGUUGGGUUCAAUGUGAAGAACGUUGCUGUGAAGGAUCUGAAGCGUGGUUAUGUUGCCUCUAACUCCAAGGAUGACCCUGCCAAAGGAGCUGCUAGCUUCACCUCUCAGGUCAUCAUCAUGAACCACCCUGGACAGAUCGGUAAUGGAUAUGCUCCCGUGCUGGACUGCCACACCUCCCACAUUGCAGUGAAGUUUGCUGAACUUUUGACCAAGAUUGAUAGACGGUCUGGUAAGGAGCUGGAGAAGGAACCCAAGUUCCUGAAGAAUGGUGAUGCUGGUAUGGUGAAGAUGAUUCCCACCAAGCCCAUGGUUGUUGAAACCUUCUCUGAGUACCCACCACUUGGUCGUUUUGCUGUGAGGGACAUGAGACAAACGGUUGCAGUUGGUGUUAUCAAGAAUGUUGACAAGAAGGAUCCAACUGGUGCCAAGGUCACCAAGGCUGCCCAGAAGAAGAAAGUUGGUUUGAAUCUCUCCCCACAAUGUGCUGUUAUGGAAAAUAGAAUGGGUAAGGAGAAGGUUCACAUUAACAUUGUGGUCAUUGGCCAUGUCGACUCUGGUAAGUCGACCACUACUGGUCACUUGAUCUACAAGCUUGGAGGAAUUGACAAGCGUGUUAUUGAGAGGUUUGAGAAAGAAGCUGCUGAGAUGAACAAGAGGUCUUUCAAGUAUGCCUGGGUGCUUGACAAGCUCAAAGCUGAGCGUGAGCGUGGUAUCACCAUUGAUAUUGCCUUGUGGAAAUUCGAGACCACCAAGUACUACUGCACUGUCAUUGAUGCCCCUGGACAUCGUGACUUUAUCAAAAACAUGAUUACGGGUACCUCACAGGCAGACUGUGCUGUCCUCAUUAUUGACUCCACAACUGGUGGUUUUGAGGCUGGUAUUUCCAAGGACGGACAGACCCGUGAGCAUGCUUUGCUUGCUUUCACCCUUGGUGUGAGGCAAAUGAUUUGCUGCUGUAACAAGAUGGAUGCCACCACCCCCAAAUACUCCAAGGCUAGGUAUGAUGAAAUUGUGAAGGAAGUCUCAUCCUACAUGAAGAAGGUUGGAUACAACCCUGAAAAGAUUCCAUUUGUUCCCAUCUCUGGUUUUGAGGGUGACAACAUGAUUGAGAGGUCAACCAACCUUGACUGGUACAAGGGACCAACCCUGCUUGAGGCUCUUGACAUGAUCCAUGAGCCCAAGAGGCCAUCUGACAAGCCCCUCCGACUUCCACUUCAGGAUGUGUACAAGAUUGGUGGUAUUGGUACUGUACCUGUGGGUCGUGUGGAGACUGGUAUCCUUAAGCCGGGUAUGGUUGUUACUUUUGGACCUUCUGGUCUUACCACUGAAGUUAAGUCUGUUGAAAUGCACCACGAAGCCCUUCAGGAGGCACUUCCCGGUGACAAUGUUGGGUUCAAUGUGAAGAACGUUGCUGUGAAGGAUCUGAAGCGUGGUUAUGUUGCCUCUAACUCCAAGGAUGACCCUGCCAAAGGAGCUGCUAGCUUCACCUCUCAGGUCAUCAUCAUGAACCACCCUGGACAGAUCGGUAAUGGAUAUGCUCCCGUGCUGGACUGCCACACCUCCCACAUUGCAGUGAAGUUUGCUGAACUUUUGACCAAGAUUGAUAGACGGUCUGGUAAGGAGCUGGAGAAGGAACCCAAGUUCCUGAAGAAUGGUGAUGCUGGUAUGGUGAAGAUGAUUCCCACAAAGCCCAUGGUUGUUGAAACCUUCUCUGAGUACCCACCACUUGGUCGUUUUGCUGUGAGGGACAUGAGACAAACGGUUGCAGUUGGUGUUAUCAAGAAUGUUGACAAGAAGGAUCCAACUGGUGCCAAGGUCACCAAGGCUGCCCAGAAGAAGAAGUGAGCAUUGUUUGCUUGAUGGGGAUUUAUUUGCUUUUGUUAUUUAAAAUUUUGUCAGACUUUUCUAAUAGUUUUGUAUUAGGCUCCAGAUGAUCCUCCCAUUAUGCCUUUCUUGCCCAUUUUGUGGGUUAGUGAUGGAUUUGAGUGAGUUGGUGUGAAUCUCUCCCUACAAUGGGCUGUCCAUUUGUAGCUUAUUUUUAGACGUGCAAUAGUUUUUCAAUUUUCUAUGAGUUUAAAGUUUAAACUGUCAACUGAUUGUGCUUGCUUUUCAAAUCUCUAUAUAUUUCUAGCUUUAAUUUA